AUGAACGAUGAAUUGGAAAGGACAAGUGUUUUUGAAAGCGUGAAGUAAUGUCACGCUUUUUAUAUUUCGAUUGUCUGCGAUGCGUGCAAAGGUUGGAGGAGAGUCUUGUGGAAGCUUCAUGGUUGGACAUAGGAAACAAAAGUCGAUUUUGGUUGCUGCUGUUCUUAUAGCUGUCUUUCUCAUCGCUUUAUAUUUUAAUUCUCGUCCGAAGCCUUUUAAACCUUUCACCGCCUUGAUCGUGUCCACGACUCACGCACAGUCGAAUACUGCCGGGCACGAGUCCCUCGACAAGGGCAAUCUCAAAUAUCAAAUGUACAAUAAUUCUGUGCAGUUCGAUCACGUAAGUAGACUUAGGUUUCGUUAAAUAACUGUUUCGUGACUGUUGAAAGUUGUGAAAGUACAUCGUGGCGGCUUCUCUAGUUCAUGUUCAGCCCGCCCGCUCGAGUGCCUGUAGUCUUAAUGACAAUUUGAAGGUUUCUUUCUCUUUAUAUGUUCUUCUUAAUUACGAGUCACAUAAGGUUACUCGUUUUAAACUUGUAUUUUAAUCGAAAUUUCUAUAGCUUGACAAUAAUUAAAGUUUGGUCUUCAGUCACUAAACCAGCAAUUAUGUCAGACAUGUACCUGUAUGCAUGUCGACUCAAAGAAAACCAACAAUCUGUAUCAAGACUUUGAACCCUCUUCUAAAAAAUUCCUCAAGAUGUAUUCUUAGGUGUUGUUUGAAUUAAAAACAUGGAAGUAUGCUCUGUUACUAACUUUACAUUGUGAGUAAGAAAAGUUUGGGUUGUUGUUAAGAAUAAUUAGGAAGCGGUUGCUCAACCAUCCCUUAAUUUAUCAUUUUUAUGAUUAAUUUAUAAUGUAUAUUAUAAUAAGAGUACAAAUUAUAAUAUUGCUGCUUCAGUGCGAAUCAACCUUGAUGGACCCCAAAAAGGAACAAAGAGAAACGUUUGGAAAUUUACAAUCCCAAGUAUGGUGUUCUAGAAAUUCACAACAUGGCAACAAUCCUUCAGCCUUGGAAGGCGCACAAGUGAUCAGCUGUCUUUCUUCAUAAAACUUUUCAAAGACAGCUGUGGCAAUAGAAAAUUAUUAUAGCCCAUCCUGAAUACAGCUUGGUAAAGGACUGAUCUUUAUUACUUGGGCUGAGAGCCACAAAUCAAGUUUACGGCUCUGUUUUUAUUUUUGUGCAACCUGGAAAGGAAAGGACAACUGCUCAAUUGUGCCACUGGAAAGUGUUUGGCAUCCUUCAUCUUUUCUUUCAUUUUUUAGGAAACAGAACCAAAAAAAAAGCUUUGACUACAGGUUAUUUAAUUCAGGGCUUUUUGUUAACAUGUGUUGAAUUUUACCCCUUUAUCUCUGAAAUUUUCAGUGUAAAUAUUUACUGAGUGGCAUGAUAUUUGGCUACCAUAGAAAUGAUGUCUUUGUCUUCAUGCUGUUAGUGAUUUGUGUAAUAAAUUACACUUUCCCCGCAUAAAACAUCACUUUUCUACCUGUCUUGAAUGCUAUGCAAGUGAGCCAGAAGAAUAGAUAAGCAUUAAAUUUGUUUAAAUAGUUUUAAGGAACCCCACAUUUAGAACCACUGUGAGUUUCCUUGGACUAAAUUGUCAGUUACCUUUUGAAAGUUGCUUUGGUGUGAUGCUUUAAGGUCCAGUUAAAACGUCACAUCUCACAUUUGCCAAAUUUCCUCAGUUUAUGGGCAGAUUUCAUCCAUUGUUACACAAAAGAGUAUCGGUUUAAGUUUCCACCUUCCUAAUGGUGAUUAUUAUAUUUUAUUUACAAUGGCAUACUGGAGUUGAUGAGGAAACGUUCAAAUAUGUUAGCAUCAAAAUAGCUCCAACGACUCUACUGAAGAAAUUCACAAUAUUAAAUUCCACAAUAUUAAAUUUUUUAUUCUCUAAUCUGGAGACUGGGAGAUGUGGUCAAAAAUCUGGCGUCUCCAGAUUAUCUGGAGACUCUGGAUUUUCCGGAAGAGUUGACAGCAAUGCUAUAUAGCUGAUGAGGUGAUAUUCCAUAGAGUGAGGAAAACCAUUUACAAAAUGACGAGUUUUCUUCACACUGAAGAAGGGUAAUACACAAGAAAUGUAUGUUUUUUAAAACAUUGGACACUUUUUGCUAUACAUUUUUAUGGAAUACCACCUCAUUAGGAACUCCUUACAUUUAUGUACAUGUACAUGCAAGUAGAAAAUUUAGUUGAUGAUAUCUUGCUGUUAUAUUUCAAUUUCUUUUAACAGUUGUGGUUCAACAAUAACUGCCUGGAAACAUCAACACUGAAUACAGGGAUAGAAAAUAUUAAUUCAGUCGUAGAUACAUGGAAAAACUCUCUUGGUACAAAUUGUAGGUAGGUAACUAUGUAACUUGGAGUUCGAUUUAUUAUUGAUCGUGACAUUUCUACUGUGUACUGCAGGUCUUUAUCAGCAUACUGCAGGCAUUCAGUCAGUAAGGGUAAGGGGCUUUUCACAUGAUACAGGAAUAACUUUCCUUCUGGAAUGAGUUUAGUUCCAGAGUGAGGUUCUUACUGUUCUCACAUUAUAAAAUCAAAUGGCUCAGCCGAAGGCUUUCUUGCUCGUGUGGUUUUUGCACGAGAUCAGAUACGCAUGCACCACUCGCUCCAGACUACAUGGUUUGGAGUUUUCAAUUUAGAACAAAGUUCAUUUUUUGUUUACAUGAUACAUGCCAGACUGAAAUUUCGUACUAGAAUAAGAAUUUUUAUAAUGUAAAUGUUGCUAAUUUAAAGUAACACAAAGUGACAUACAUGUACAUUUAUGGCUUAGUUUCGGUUCGAUGGUGGCCGCUUAAUACAGGCAACAAAAAUUAAUACAGGGUUUGUAUGAGUGAAAAAUUGGGACUUUGAAAACUGGUUGCUUAAUAGAGGGUGGCUGCUUAAUACAGAGCCGUUAUAUACAGGUUUAACUGUAAUAUUAAAAUUCACUCCAUGUAAGAGAAUCUGACAGUCUGUAUUCUGGACUCCUCCUUGUGGAUUUUGGAUUCUAGACAUACUGGAUUCCAGACUUAGUCAGUGGAAAUUAGAUCCCAGAUUCAAAUCUUUAAUGGGACUCCAGAUUCCUUGAGCUGUAUUCCAGAUUCCAAAGCCUAGGAUUCUGGAUUCCACAAGCAAAAUGUUCCUAGAUUCUAGAUUCCCCAAUCAAAAAUUUCUUGGAUUCUGGACUCCUUAUUUCCUUUCAUGGGGUGAUAAUUUAAUACCGCUUUUCCUUUUUCAACGAGACAACUGCCUAAAGCUUUUACAGUUGAACCAAAAUUGAAUCUAUUUGAUUAGACUGAACUAAAAUUUUCAGACAUUUUGAGUGAAUAGAGUGCACUCUUUGCCACCUUAAAUGUUCCUAUAAAAGUUUUUCAUGUUGGUUUGUUCUCUCUUUCAGGGAUUUAUAUAUGAAAUUUAGUGAUAUUUAUAUUGUAAGAAGUCGAAGUGCUCCAGUUGUAAUACCUGAAACAUUUGCCCCCAAGGUAGGAUUUAGCUGAACUGUUUUAGUUCCAUGAAUUUGUAUUUUUAAAACAACACAAAAAUUUAAAUCUUCCCCAGGUUAUGCAGAACUUCAAAUGUCAAAGAAUCUUUGAUUUCAUUUUGAAGGAAACUCUGGGACACAAAUACAUGUAGUAUCAUGUGGAAUACUGUUAAAGUACUGAAGAGCGAGGUUUUGCUGAAACUGAGAAUUAAUUUUGCUGGGAACAAACCUAACUGACAACAUGACUCCUUUGCUUUCAUGGAAGGAUAAAAAUAACUUUUUUGUCAUCAUACACUUUGCCCCUUUUAUGGUUAUAUUAUGGCCUGCCUGUGGUUUAUAUGUGUGGCUUUCAUGUACUGCAUUGGUGUGAAUUUGACCACACAUAGUUACUGAAGUUGUAUGUCUUUGCCGAUGAGUUUGCUUUGAUUUUUACAGGUUCUUAAAUGGCUUGGUGGUAAGAAAAAGCUGUUAGAAGAAGCAAGUUUACAGGUACAGUCUAAAUACAGCUUUUAUGUGCACAUGCUCCGGGUAAUGCUACCAAUAACCCUGUCAUCUUUUCUGAAAUGUCAGCGCAGCACAUUGUGUGCCCUAGUAUGGUGCCCUAUCUUAUGGAUAUGGCAAAACUGCAGUGGUCCCCUUGGUGGGGAGCAGGGGGGCAGGGUGGGGGGUACUGAUGAUGAUGGGGAUGCCCAUUGGAAAGUUAGAAUUUUUCUCCUAAAGGAGACCAGUGGGUUUAAAUAACAAUUGAAGUAGCCAGCAGGUUUGAAAAAAGUAACCAACUGUAUCAACAAGAGGCUUUUAGUCCCCUUCUUCCAGAGGGGUCUGGGGGCAUGCUCCCCUAGUAAAUGCAAAAAACUUUAAAUGUCCUAAAGUGCAAUUUUCAGCGUAAAUUGAGAACAAAAGAUUAUUUUUAAAUCUCAAGCAAAAUGUCUACAUGUGCAUGUAUCUAGGUCCAGCAAAUUUAAUGUAAGUUUUGACAGAAUUAUUUCCAGCUACCCCCCAAGAGGGGAAAAAAGUGACCGACUUCUCUGAGCAAAGUAGCCGACGUGUUUUGUCAGUCAUCGGUGCUUAUUGAAACCCUUGGGAGACCAUACUCCAACACAGAAUGGUAGCAUUGAUUGUAGGAACCUCUUUACACACAACUCAAAGCAAUGCCUUUUUGGGUAAAUACAUGUAUAUGGGUCUUCCGUUCCAACAUCCUAAGUGAAACCAAAAUCUACAGUUUCUACCCCUAAGGGAGACAAUGGGAAUCUUCCUCAUUGUCAUGUGCGAUUCUCUUCCCCCUCCCUCCCCCUCCCCCCCCUUCCCAUCUUACAGGUCCACCUCCAAUGGGCCCCGGGAAAAAAGUUUUUGAGGUAUUGAGUUUUUGGAGAUCUGAUUGGUGAUUGGUUAAUUCAGUCAUUAUUGGCUUAUUUACCCAAAUUGAUUUAACACUGCUUUUCUGUGUUUUUAUUUUUCAGCUUAUCACAUCUGUAGACAACUUAUACACUCAGGAAUCAACUGUUUUUAAUCCUCUUCGAGCAAAGCGACCCGGAGCUGGAGGGGGAGCAACGGCAGACACAAAGAAAUAGUUAGUAUUUUAGCUUUCUGGUUCAAUCAUGGUUUCUUAUUUGAAACUUACUGUAAUAAUUAGAUAAAAUAAAUAAUGGCAAUAGGACUGGGUAGAGUCCAAUUUGGUCUGUUAUCAUACGAGUAAUUAACAAAAUUUAAAAACCACGUUGUUUACUCUCUCGGAUGAUUACAGACCAAAUGGGACGACGUGAAGUUUUUAAAAUAAAUGGUCAUUUAGUCGUUUUUGUUAGUACGUCUCGCUGGUUUUUGUCUGACCAGUAUAAUGGAGGACACCUAGUCUACAUUUACACCUAACGUAUCUGUACAUUUUUCUUUUCAGUGUCGCAGAAAUUGUGCAGGCCACUAUAAAUGACUGCGAUUUUUGUCAAUAUAAAACGUAAGUGAGUGAUUUUGUUACAAAUAGUUAUGGUGAGUCCUAGGACUCAUCUUGUGAAAAAUCAGGAGUCCCAGUCCAGAGCCAUUAGGGCCAUUUAUACGAGGAAAAAUAAGACGCGUCUUAAAUAAGACGCGAACUUUACCGUUUCUACGAGCAUGUCUUAUCUAAGACGAGAACAGCUGGUAUAAAUGGUUUGCGUCUUAGUUCUGUUCUUGACUCGUUUUCAUGUGAAUGUUGCCCGUAGCAACGGCAAUCCAACGUGGCGCGCCAAAAAUUAAAGUAUGCGUAAUAUGCGUUCGCGUCUUAUGUAAGAUGCGAAGGUCAUUUAUACGAAGGUUUUCUCGUCUUAGCUAAGACGCGUCUUCUCUAAGAACAGGUGUUAAGGGCUGUUCUAAAAUAAGACGGCGUCUUACAUAGGAUGCGUCUUAAAUAAGACGCGAACUUUCCGUAUAAACGGCGCAUUUCGUCUAAAAUAAGACGCGGCUUGGCUAAGCUUAGCUUUAGAACAGCCCGUAACACCUGUUCUUAGAUAAGACGCGUCUUAGCAAAGACAAGAAAAACUUCGUAUGAAUGACCUUCGCGUCUUAAAUAAGAUGCGAACGCGUAAUACGCAUGCGUUAAUUUUUGGCGCGCCACGUUGGGUUGCUGUUGCUACGGACAACAUUCACAUGAAAACGAGUCAAGAACAGAAAUGAGACGCGAACGAGACGCGAACCAUUUAUACGAGCUGUUCUCGUCUUAGAUAAGACAUGCUCGUAUAAAUGGUACAGUUCGCGUCUUAUUUAAGACGCGUCUUAUUUUUCCUCGUAUAGAUGGCCCUAAUGAGUCCCUGGGUCAUUAUUAACCUCACAGUUUGUCUGAAGACAGACUCCAAAACUCUGUAUUACAGUUUACGGAAAUAAAAAUAUACUCCUUCUAUUGCAAAUCACAAAAAGGACUAAAAGAAAUAAGCGUCGUUCAACAGCAGCCACAGAAAUCACACAAAAAGGAUAUUCUAUGAAAACAUCUUCAGAUCGAUCAAUCGAUCUUUGCGUCCUACGGGACGCACACCUCAAAUAAUUUAUUAUUUUGCGUCUUCGGGGAUUUUUAUGCGUCAUUGACGCAGGACGCAGAGGUAACAAAAUGGUGUAGUUUGUUCGUUUGGGUGUGAUGAAUUGAGUUGUUUUACUUUUUUUUUUUUGUAGCAACACUGCGCAAGAUCCUUUCGGUAGAGUGGAAUCACAGUAUACAGUUUCGGGUAAGUUAUUCCUCUCCAGAAGGCUUGGCUUCUUAUAAAGCUUGAAAAUUGUUCUUUAGAGACCAAUUACUGGUUCUUAAAACGGAGUCUAGCCAAUGUUUAACGAACCGGCGUCAUUAUAAAUCCUAUUUUUUUAGUUUUCCCAACGCUAACAUCUAAACGCUGCUUGUCAUUCCCCGUGAACAUAUCCAAGAAAGCAUGUCGUGUUUACUCGAAAAGCAUUAUUUUUUUUUCUUAAAAUGGCUCAGUCAGAAAGAGAUCUGAGGUCUAAUGGUUUCUAAUGUCGCAGACUAAAGCCCCAUUCACACCCAAGCUUGAACAUGUUUAAGCUGUUUAGUUAAACACGGAUUAAAAUUUUUCUUUCAUAAACGCUGCUUUCUGACUUAAGUUGAUUGCUAAUUUAGAGCAAAUUACAAAGAAUUUUGAACUUUAUUUGAAUCCUGUGUAAAAGCCUGUGUUCCACUUUUGCGUGUCUGUUCAUGUUUUAAAACCUGGUUUAAUUAAACGUGUUUAGUUGGUGUGAACGUGGCAUAAGUUUGACCAUGUGUAAAGACAGUUCGAUGGACGUUUACGACCUUUCAUUUCCUCCUACAUUAACUUGCUCUUUUCUUUUGUAAUUUUCAUGAUCCAGAAAGUAUCCAGUAAGCAAGAAAGGUUAACUUAAUUUAGGUUAUUAAUUUUUUUUUUCAUAUUUGUUUGCUGCUUUAGUAUCGAACACAUUUAAAGUAGAGAAGUUUCACAGCCUUGUCCUUUGGAAACACCACAAUCCCCUUGACAUCAAGGAACACGAGGUACGUGUGAAUGUUAUACAAUCAUCUUCUUUUCUUUCCUUUCUCAACAAUAGGAAGCUGAAGAAACGGCGACGGCGACGGCAACAAGAACGUCAAAAAAGCAGUAGGUUUAUUAAGCAAAACAACAACUUCGUACGCGCAUACCGUAUUUAUUGGAUUAAACGCCGCGGCGUUUUUUUAGCGUUUCCAAUGCAGCGUUUAUUCAAGGGCGGCAUUUAUUUCGAAAUCACUUUUUUUAAAAUCACUGACAACAGUUAUUGUAAAUCGUUUGUAAAUGCUAUGUAAUUUAAAGGUUCCAAUGUCUCUCUUAUUUUGCUGAGAAAGAAUCGUAAAUGUUUGGAUGAUGUAAAUUACCAAGUUGUACCGUAUCCUCUAAUAGACACCGCAUUCUUCUGAUUAGGUGCGGCGUUUACUGGAGCGCGGCGUUUAUUGGUAAUUUUGCUUCCAUCUGCGGCGUUUGUUCGAGGGCGGCGUUUAAUCGAGUAAAUACGGUAACACUUUUUUGUGCAUUUCUUUGUCGUCACUGCACGACUACUUCGUGAAAAUGCCCGAAUUCACGUUUUUAGAAGAACUUAAACAAGCGACGACGAAUUUUUCUCUCUGUUUCUCAACAUGAGUACGGUCCCCAAUAAAUCAUAUCCAGGGAAAUUCGCCUACAUUUGACAUUUUCAGCGAAUUGGAGUUAACGCGAUCAAGUUUGACAAAACUCGAAUUCAUGUUUAAAAGUGACGUUUCCGCUGCCGUCGCCGUCGCCGUCAUCGAUGCUAAAGCUCCCCCCGACCCGCCCCCCCAAACGAGCUCUCUUCAGAGGAGUAAGUCCUUAUCUGUUGGAAAUUGCGCUACAGUUUCGUUCGAAUGCGCUUCUUUAGGCAGCGUACAAUGAAGAACUACAUGUAUUACACAAAAGCAUAACCUCUUUAUUUUACCUAUUACUACAUAACGCUGAUCGAGCUCUGUUUUCUCUUUCACUCAUCUAAAAAGAAGUUCUUUAUUCAGUGCAGUGGUCGUCAAAGAAAUGUACUAAAAAGCGUGAUGCACGUGCAGAGCUGUUGUUUCGCUGACAAAACCAGUUGUUUUUUGAUGUUAUCGUUGUUGUCGUUUAAGUCCUAUAUUCAGAGCCUUGUGGUACUUUUAAAAACCACAAAUUACGAAGUGUUUUACCAAGGCAUAGCCAAUUUAUUUGCACUUAUUUCGAGUUCCAGUUCCUCCUACUUAUCUUGAUAAAGUGCUCAAUUCAGAUUCUUGUGGUACUUUGACAAGCCACAAAUUAGGAAAUGUUUCAUUAACCAUUUAAGUCCCAAUAGUGACCAUCAUCAAUUUUCUCCUAACAAUAUCCAUACAAUGUCAAGUGCAACAUCUAUGAGAAUUAAUCAAAUGAUCACAAAGAGAAAAAUCUCUGAUCUUUUAUCAAUUUCUCCCAACUAAUUCUGUAAGGAAAUGUAUAGAGGUCAGUUUGGAGAAUUUAUUUGUAGAUAUUGAGGCUUAAAGGGUUAAGCCGUAGCCUCCUUAAAUCAGCCGUAUUUAUCCUUAGCACCAGAUACAGUUUCUUGGGCGGACGCAGGAAUUUUAUGCGGAGCCCAAACUUGUGAACAGUUUGUGAGCACAGGUUUUAUGACGCAUCGUUUCCACCCUUUUUGGCUAUCACGCUGUCAUUAAAUUCUAUUAAACUACUUAAAAUCUUGCAUUCGAUCAUCCGUCGGUAGCAAUUUAAGUUUCGAAGCAUCUAUAUACUGAUUAUAUUGUCAUUUGAAAAUACAACCGAAGUGAUUUAAACAUUUAUAAUCUGCGUAAAGCAUCUAAACUUUGUUGAAAAUGUUAUUCUACUAUAGUAUAUGAGAACUGUCCAAAGGUUUAGCGAAGGGCGUAUUCUAGGCAAGAAUUGUUGUCAAACUUCAGAACGUCGGCCAUUUCAGAAUGGUUAAUGCAAGUUAACGUUAUACAAAACAAAAAGAAAAGAAAAUAUAUUCAAACUUGUUAGUCAAGAGCUUGCUCGCGCCUUACGACUUUUCCUGUUGUUCGAGGGCCAUUUUUAUGUAUCAGCGAGCGUACGCGUAAAUAAUUUUAGCGUCUUUUGCUCAAAAACAUAGGAAAGAUCUCGAAAAACUGCCACUUAAAAUAGUAAUAAAAAUAAUAAUCCACCGAUCUGAUGUGCGCAUUCAGCGAGUGGGGCUAGUAGAGGUGUUUGUUUUUUGUUUCGAUUUUAUUGGAGAUCGAGGGGGCGGAGGCACCACACCCUCUGCCCUAGUUGUUCCAGUAUCUUCCUCUACUCCUCUACCCAUCUCGGUAAAAUGCUCUUUUUAGAGCCUUGCGGUACUUUGGCAGCCUCCAGGCGAACACAAACGGAUCCAGAAGGAACUUCAAGUACAGCGUGUUCUCAACUGUGACUCGGAUGUAAAACAGCGUUUGGCUUUUCUUGAUGGCUUCCUCCCCGUAGAGAUAAACAUACCACAGUAUGGCACUUGGCUGCGAACACACGAGUAGAAUCAUAAUCAGAAGAAGAUUGAGGCGGACAAAAUUUUUCUCCACUGCCGGCCGACGUCUUUUCUGAUCUUGUUCUUUGGGAAUUGCGUCUAGCCGCUCUUCUGACAACUGCAUGCUCUGCGUGUUUGUAGUACUCAACGUGGUAGAGCGUUCCGCCAUUUGCGAAUGGAAAGCCUUCUGAAGCAGCAGAUAAAUGAUUAUAGUUAAGAGCAGCGAGAAUGUCGAAUGCAAAUGCAGGUCUAUUUUUUCUACGAUCUCUUGAGGGACGCCCAUAAGUCUUGUCAGCUCGAAUAGUGUAGCGUAUAGCAGGAUAAUCGCGACACAGGCCAUGGUUUUACGAACACUUAUCAGUCGAUUGAACUUGAGUGGAAACGCGACAGCUACAUAUUGGGUGGUGGUGAACGCCAGGACGAUGAAAUAAGACGCAUUGGUGGUAAUAGCAGCGACAAUGCCUGCAGUUUCAAAUAUUUUGGAGCACUGGGCGACAUUGGGGUGUUGGUUAUAAUUCAUGAAGUAGCAGGCGGUUACCAUAGGCUCAGGAACAAGACCGGUCACCAAAUCUGUGAUGGCCAAACCGAUGAGAAAGCAGGACGCUGGCGUGCGGAAUGUUUUCAACGGGUCCCUGAAUAUUGCUACUAUGAGGAGACUGUUGGCUAGCACUGUUAGCGGGCAUACCACAGAUAGAAAUAUUCCCGAGAUUAAAAACGCUGUUUCGAGACCUGCCUGUCCCGUAUCGGUUGAAUUAGUCGUUGUAUUCAUCUUUGUUUCUGUAAUUACUGGACUGUUCUUCGAUAUUGUCUUACUCAAGUGCUACGUGUUCAGUCCCUUGAACUGGUUUGUAAGCGCACACCCUUUACGACUGAUAUGAACUUUUGUUCUUCUUGUCGCCUUAAACCCCGAAAACGUACCUUCAGUGUGAGUCGGAGUUUUGUGUAGCUGAUCUGUCUCAAAGUAGCGGCUAUCCGGUUUGCCAGUCCACCACUGAUUUGACUGAUUUUAUCGCAUGCCCACCAAUCAAGUCGAAUGAAUGAAUCUCCGUCGCUUCUGUUACUCUCUUUUCUUUACAACCAAAUCAGGGUCAUAUUUACAUUAAAUCACUUUCUUUCUCUGCAAGCGAAUUCAACUUCAGCGUCUCAGUUAUUUUAUUACGAACCCUCUAACAGACAAUAUACUCCACUUUGGAUCAAGACAGAUCUUGGUAGUAAAACGAACAUCAAACGCAAGCGACGCCCUUAAAUCCCACUUGUACAAUACCCAAGGAAACUCAUCACCUUUUCCCUGUAAAUCGGUGAACAAACCCGGCGUGUUCCUUAGUUUCAGCUUGUGUUUUUGUUUAAUGUUGCCAAAAUUGUCCCUUAGUUAACUCCCCUUUGCUCUCCGCUAAAACUGGUCUUCCUCCACGUCUCGUUAAGAGUCGCCCUCUUAAGUAGAAUAUCUCAUUUCAACUCUUUUUCAAUUGUCAUUGUCCUCGAUUCGCUACAUGGGUUCGGCUUUCUUUGUAUGCGCGCACCUGUUAAAUAAUUUGCAUGGGAUACAAUGUCAUGCGGUGAAUUAUUUGCAUUGUGGUGCGCGGAGCUAUCUUUUAUUCUGACCUAAUAAUAUAAGCCACUAAAUUGAAAAAACGACCUGCCCAACAUAUAUUUGUGUGAUCACACCACGUUGAUUUAUUGAGAAGGGCAUUUGUAUCUUGGCCAAUAAUAAUAACUUAGUUCAAAUAAAAAUCACGAUUUCAUUGACACAGAUGUCACUCACGGGUUCAAAAGCCAAGAAAAAAACAGAGAAGAGAGGUCGAAAAGUUCUACGUAGUGCCUUUUGUUUAUAAGGCUAAUUCUUGAGACAUAAAAAGUAGAACCAUUUUGUAAUAGCAUCGCAAACAGUGCCACCAGAAACUACCACCCCAUAGCUUUCAUUUUAACCGUCCCACUGAAGGAUUUCAUACAGAGAGUCUAACCUUGUAUAGCUUCAAAGACAUUAGCGCAGGAAGGGUACGCUCAGUAAAUUUCAUUUGAAUGGUCACACUUAAUGAUUUCACCCACAGACUCGAAGCAGUAUCACAGCAAAGUGCCCCAGUUGAUUUUAUUUGAAUGGGCACUCGUCAGGUUUUCAUUCACACUCAAGAGCUAAGAGCAUGCACGGUGUAGCAAACUGUACCAACCGAAAGUACUGCUCAGUAGCUGUCAUUUGAAUAAUCGCACAUAAAAAUUUCGCCUAGAGACUCCGAUGUUUCUACCACUUUGCAGGGCACUGAUCCGACCAAAAAAUAAUAUACUGUCCAGUAGCUUUCAUUCGAGUAGUCGCAGCAAGCAUUUCCGUAAGCUUGUCAGGUAAAAACCUGCAUUAGAUUAUUCGACGUUUGACUCCAAAGAAUAUUUUAAAGGUAAUUUUCACUCUUAAUUUGUUUGAACGUCGUCAAAGGGCUACUCUCUGUGAAAUUCAGGAAAUUCAAUUUGUUUUUGGGUUUUCAUUCUUAUCUGGUGUAAUUUUGCCCAGCUUUUAACCACACCUGUCUAAACUUUCUCACUGUGGUUUAUAAUCCUUUUCCGACAUUAUUCUUUUAACGAAGCCAUUAUUUUAAGGUUUUCACCAGU